AUGGCUGCCGAUCAGGGAAUCCUGUCAAACUUUGGUCUCCAUUUCCAGGCAGAUGUAGAACACUGGAGGCCUCCCAGGAUGAAAAUGGAGGAACAAGAAACUUCUAAGGAAGUGGAGGAAUUAGGAGGGAAAAGGAAAACUCCUCCGGUCAUUCAGGCUGGGAGCAUCAAGGAAUUCCUGCAAAGAAGACCAGCUCAAAAGGCCAAAAAGGAAUCCAGUGAGGCGCUCCUGCAACACUGGGAAACUCAGUGGCAAGACUUUCUGAAGACCGUGGAGUCCCCUCACUCAGGCUGGGGCAUCCCACAGCUGUUGGUGGAGCCCACCCCGUGGGAUGACACGAAGGGUUUUCUGGCCUCCUUCGAGCAAGUGGCCGAAGCCUGCCGGUGGCCCAAAGAAGUGUGGGCGACCCGACUCCUGCCAGCCCUCAGUGGAGAAGCUGAGCAGGCUUUUAGCAGGCUGGAUCCAAGAGACAGGGAGGAUUACGGGAAGGUGAAGGCUACCAUUUUGCAGUGGGAUGCCAUUAACAGGGAAAGGAAGCGGCAGCAGUUCCGGCGCUUCUGCUACCAGGAGGCCGAGGGGCCGAGGGCGGUUUACAGCCAGCUCCGCGAACUUUGCCACGGGUGGCUGAAGGCUGAGAAGCAAACGAAGGAGCAGAUCUUGGAGCUGCUUAUUCUGGAGCAAUUCCUGACCGUCCUGCCCCCAGAAAUGCAGAGCUGGGUCAGGGAAAGUGGCCCGGAGACCUGUUCCCAGGCCGUGGCCCUGGCAGAAGGUUUUUUACUGAGUCAGCAAGCGGCUGAGAGGAAGGAAGAGCCGGACCUCCAGUAG